CCAAAUUUAGCAACGGAAGUACUAACCGCGUCAUCAAAUUCAUUGAUUGACCCAAAUUCCGGGGAUCGGAAUUCCUUUCUUCAUCGGAGUUCCAAAUCCCCCUUUCAAAAUCUCAUCUUUGUUUUACAAAAAUAAAUAAAAAAAAUAUUUAAUUUUAUGGCAUGGAACGUGUUCAAAUUCUGCACGGCACUACGUGCUUUGGGUUCGAUUAUGAUCGUUUUCGUUCUUACGAUCAUUGGUGUCACUUACUAUUCAGUAGUCAUCGCUCAUUAUGGUCCGAGUAUCUUUCUUGGAGGCUUUGAUACGGUUUUUUCCAUUGUAGUUCUCUUCUUCUUUCAUUCCCUGCUUGUAAUGGUUACAUGGUGUUAUUCUUCUGCUGUUGUAACGGAUCCCGGGGGUGUCCCGCCAGAUUGGAGGCCCCUCACUGAUGAGGAGAAAGGUGAUGCCGAUCCAUUGGUCGGUUCUGGUUACGGAAGUGCAGAAUUAUACUCAAAGCAGUUAGUUAUGGCCGGUGAUUACAUGAGCCAAGACAUACGUUUCUGUCAUAAGUGCAAACAGUUUAAACCUCCUCGCACCCACCACUGCUCUGUUUGUAGAAGGUGUAUACUAAAAAUGGACCAUCACUGUGUUUGGGUUGUCAACUGUGUUGGGGCAUUGAACUACAAGUAUUUCCUUCUGUUUUUGUUUUACACAUUUCUUGAGACAACACUCGUCUGUUUAUUGUUACUGCGGGUUUUUAUGGAGUUCUUUAAUGAUGGUGAGAUAGAUGAAACACCAGGAACACUUGCAGCUACUUUCAUCACCUUUGUUUUGAACUUAGCAUUUGCACUGAGUAUUCUGGGCUUUCUGAUUAUGCACAUAACAUUGGUUGGAGCCAAUACCACAACUAUUGAGGCAUAUGAGAAGAAAACCAGUCCUAAGUGGCGUUACGACCUUGGUUGGAAGAAGAAUUUUCAACAGGUAUUUGGACUAGAGAAGAAGUUCUGGUUCAUCCCGGCCUAUUCCGAAGAAGAUUUAAAACGAAUGACGACCCUUCGAGGUUUCGAAUAUCCAACGAGGCCCGACUGGGAGCUGCCCCAGCGGCACUAACUACGGAACAAGAGCAAAGCUAUCAAGUUUCAAUCACUCAUAAAA